AUGUCUGUACAAUUAUCAUUGUGAUGAUAAUCUAGGGAAUUUGUUGCCAUUCGUAGGGACUGACGGCUGAGUCAGCUGUGACGUGAUCUUGAACACACACUCCAGCUCACUAGUCAAACGUCAGAGUUGCCUCGCGUGACUUUACCGAGCAUUGGGCAUCUCGCGAGAGAAAAGGGGAGAAAAAGAGAGAGGCGUGCGAGGUCGUCUUCUGCUACCUGUCGGAUGAUGCCACACCGUUGAGAGAUGACGUCUCGAGCACGUGCCGUGCUGUCGUGCAGGUGGAGUCUCGUGGUCGGGAUCCUGCUGCUGUGCGACGUGUCGCGAUAUGCGUCGCGCGGCGAGGACGCAGCUAACCUAAGCGGCACCAGCGGAGCCGCCGUCGCGGAGAACGGGACCGCGGCCGCGGUGACGGAGGCACCGCGCGCCGCGGCGAACGUGAGCGCGGCAGCGCCGGAGUUGGCCAGCACCGCGCGACCCGGCAACGACACGAGCCAGGUCGCCGCCGGCCGCAACGCCAGCUCGACCAGCGCGAAACCACCGACGUCCACCCGUUCCGCGAGCACGGCGCGCCCGGACGAUGCCGCGAGCCACGAAACGAGCGAGAGGAGCCCCGGCUCGGCGACGUCGCCGAGCCCCGGCAACGACAAGAGAAACACGACGGACGGCGCUGCCGUGUCGCCGGGUCCGGACGCCGUCAACGCGACCAACGUGACGACGACGACCGUCGCCCCGGCGGAGCCGGUCCUCCCCGACAAGGGCUCCGCCGAGGAGGAGCACAACAGCUCCAUGUCCAUAUUCUUUGUGCUGUGCGUCCUCGCGCUGGGCAUACUGCUGAUCCACCUGAUGCUGCAGACCAAUUUCCAGUACCUGCCCGAGUCGGUGGUGAUCGUGUUCCUGGGCGCGGCGAUCGGCAUGAUCAUAAACCUCAUGUCCCACCAGAACAUAGCCAACUGGAGGAAGGAGGAGGCCUUCUCGCCGACCGCCUUCUUCCUCGUCCUGCUGCCGCCCAUCAUCUUCGAGUCCGGCUACAAUCUGCACAAGGGUAACUUCUUCCAGAACAUCGGCAGCAUCAUGGUGUUCGCCAUCUUCGGGACGGCCAUCUCCGCGUUCGUCAUCGGCGCCGGGAUAUACCUGCUGGGCCUGGCGCAAGUGGCGUACAAGCUCAGCUUCGUCGAGAGCUUCGCGUUCGGCUCGCUGAUAUCGGCGGUGGACCCGGUCGCCACCGUCGCCAUCUUCCACGCCCUGGACGUCGACCCGGUCCUCAACAUGUUGGUCUUCGGGGAGUCGAUUCUCAACGACGCCAUCUCCAUCGUGCUGACCACCUCCGUUCUCGAGUCCAACAACGCGGCGACGACCAGCGAGGCCAUCAUACUCGGCCUCAAUCGCUUCUGCCUCAUGUUCUUCGCGUCGGCGGGCAUCGGCGUGGUGUUCGCUUUGAUAAGCGCGCUCCUGCUCAAGCACGUUGACCUCAGGAAGAAUCCCUCUCUGGAGUUCGGCAUAAUGCUGGUGUUCACGUACGCCCCGUACGUUUUAGCGGAGGGCAUACAACUGUCGGGAAUUAUGGCGAUUCUGUUCAAUGGCAUAGUCAUGUCGCACUACACACAUUUCAACCUGUCGACCGUCACGCAGAUUACGAUGCAGCAGACAAUGCGAACGUUGGCCUUCAUCGCCGAGACCUGUGUCUUCGCGUACUUGGGACUAGCGUUGUUUAGCUUUAGACAUAGGUUCGAGCCGGCGUUAGUCGUCUGGUCCGUGAUCUUGUGCCUGAUUGGAAGAGCCGCCAACAUCUUCCCGUUGGCCCUGCUCGUCAAUCGUUUCCGCGAGCAUCAAAUCACGAGGAAGAUGAUGUUCAUCAUGUGGUUCAGCGGCCUGCGCGGCGCCAUAUCGUACGCGUUGUCGCUUCACUUGGACUUCAGUGAUGAAACACGUCACGUUAUUAUAACGACGACGCUCAUCAUCGUACUAUUCACGACCUUGAUAUUCGGCGGGUCCACGAUGCCUCUGUUGAAAUUCCUGAGGGCCGAGAAGAAGCAGAAGAGCAACAGCAGGAGGAAGAAGAAGGACAAGGAAGUUACCUUGAGCAAAACGAGAGAAUGGGGACAAACUAUAGAUUCCGAGCACUUGUCGGAACUCACGGAGGAGGAGAUGGAAGUGUCCUUCUUGCAAUCGCGCAUUCGUGGUUUCGCAAGGUGGGACCUGAAAUUCUUCAUUCCGUUCUUCACGAGGCGAUUCACGCAGCAGGAGUUGAAGGACUGCAAGUCGCAGAUGACGGAUUUGACGAAUCAAUGGUACCAAGCUAUCAGAAUCAGUCCAAUAGAAUCGGACGACGAGGCGACCACGGCAUCGACCGCACAAUUAAAUCUGAAUGUCACUGGGACAGUUAAGGAGCAACCGCCGCAUGGGAAAGAGAAGAACGGACGUCCUAGACACGGGUCUAUAUUAAGUAUUUAAUUUAUUUUGUGUACGCGUGCGCGUGUGUGUGUGUGUGAUGUCUUUAAGUGUGCUGAACUACGUGCUUUCAAACGAUAUUGCCUAUCAAUGGGUGUGUAUAUAUAUACAUAACUAUUUAUUAACGUUAGUGAAAUCUAUAAUAACAGUACAGAUCUUUUCACAAGAAUAAGAACUUUUUGUUUUACCAAAGCUGCAAACGUUGUCCGCUGAGGAAGAGCUCUUAGAAUUCUCUCUGUUUAAAGGUAGUACAAGGAUUUCUCUUUGACGCUUGUUGCUUGAUACUAACUUGUAUACGUUUUAUUAGAAGCACCAAGUACGUGGAAUGUGGAAUAUAUUUUCAUAUAACUCUCUAAUCGUUUCAUGGCUUGUGAACAACCACAUGGAACGAGAAAAUGGGUAGGAGAGUAAUGCUGGUUGCACAGCGAGUUCUAUACAGCCAUAGUGACAUUUGUCCAAGAUUUAAUUGUCUCUGGUACACCAUGUUUUCUCGUAAUUUAUUUGCCUAAUACACGUAUCUGUACAAUUGUAAACAUUAUUACAUCAUUGCUUAUAUAGUGAACAGCAGUGUAUUGUUCAAUAUGCUUGCUUUAUUCGAAGCAGCUUGGCAACGGUGAUGGGCAGUAAAAUGAUUUCAGCAAGAUCUUAAGAUAUUAACAGAAAUACUAUUGAUUUGCAGAGCUGAGGAGGAUUGGUCUGAUUAAAGUCCAACUUAUUCCCACAAAUGUAUUUUUCCCCUGCGGAUUAUGUUAAUCUCUUAUUCCACAUUACGUAUAAUUCUUUAAUCGCGCGACGCUUGUUGAAUCGAUCAAGAUUAUUUAUACGAUCUGAUACUUUUAUUAAUAUUAGAAGUGUGUAUAAAUAGAAUUUUAUUUAUGGUACUCUUGUUAUGUAUAUUUGUAAUUAUUCUAAAAGUUAAAUUGUACGAAAGUAACACUGUAAUAAUCAGGAAACAACGAAGUCUGUCACAACAAUGUGCACAAUGAUAGUGUAAUAUACAUUUUAUCAUUUAGUAUAAUUUUAUUCAACUGUGCGAUAGCCAUUGUUUUAUAUGUAACAAGUAACAAAUUAUUAGAACGAACUUGCCGACGAUUAAAUUAUUAAGUUGACCGAAAUAACAUGUAAUAGUCUUUCGACUAAGAUGAUCUAUAACAGUCUCGUCGUUAUUUCUCUCACAAAAUUCUAAUACUUGUAAAAAAAUGUUACCUACAUUAUUACAUCUCAGUAUUAAUGAAACUUGAUUAGACAUUUGGUCUCGCUAUGUUUGUACAGCGUUGAAGAUAUUUUGACUUGAACAAACGGAAAAUGUGAAGGGUUGAAGCUUCGAGGAUCCGUUUCCUAGUUAAUAUCCGCGACGGUGUCGUUGCGAAAAGGAAAUAUAUGUAUACCGUCAUGCGAGUAGUUACGAACACGUGUCGUAUCAUAUCAUUCGUGGGAGGUACUGCUGUUAUCUUGCUUCCUUAAGGCCGAGCGUUAACCCAACGCGUAAACUCCGUAGCUAGAAGUCAGCUGGCGCAAAGAUAAGCGAGCACGUUCUAGUCUGCAAUAAGAGUCGAGUGAAUUACAAAUAUUCGACAGGCGACACGAGUUCAGCCUAGCAACUGACGGUGUACAAGCGGAAAGGCGCGUCACGGAACGGAGUCGCGAGGCGAAUUGUUGUUGAAGUAUUCUCUUCGUCCAGUAUCUGAAAUACGCAUACAUAGGAUAAACGUGAACAUAUUGUACAUUAUACUUUGUAUGACCGUAGUCACACAUCCAGGGACAAUAAAGGUGAUAUAAUUUGUGAUAUAUAUAAAUAAACUCACAAAUAAGCGA